AUGGUGGCCACAGUGUCCUAUGAUGUGGCCACAGUGUCUCAUGAUGGUGGCCACAGGGUCUCUGGUGGCCCAGGAUCCAUGAUGGUGGCCACAGUGACCCAUGAUGGUGCCACAGGUCUCAUGAUGACGUCAUGCCCCUGCCCUCAACUACUGCCCUCAACUGCUGCCCUCAACUACUGCCCUCAACUGCUGCCCUCAACUACUGCCCUCAACUGCUGCCCUCAACUGCUGCCCUCAACUACUUCCCUCAACCAUUGCCCUCAACUACUGCCUUCAACCAUUGCCCUCAACUACACCUUCAACCUCCACCUGCUCGCCUCAACUGCUGCCCCUCAACACUGCCUCAACUACUGCCUCAACUACUGCCCUCCACUUCACUGCCCCUCAACUUCUGCCUCAACUACUGCCCUCAACUUCUGCCCCUCCAACUGCUGCCCCUCCAGCUGCCCUCCCAACUGCCCCCUCAACCAUUGCCCUCAACUACUGCCUUCAACUACUGCCCUCAACUGCUGCCCUCAACUGCUGCCCUCAACUUCUGCCCUCAACUACUGCCCCCAACCUGCCAUCACACUUCCUCAACUGCUGCCCUCAGCACACUUGCCUCCCAACUACUACGCCUCAACUGCUGCCCCUUGCCCUCAACUGCUACCUCGCUGCCUCAACUGCCUCAACUGCCCUUCAGCCUCUGCACCUCUGCUGCCUCCUGCUGCCCCUCAACUACUGCCCUCAGCUGCGCCUCCUUUGCCCUCAACUGCUGCCCUCAACUGCCCCACCCUCCCAACUGCUGCCCUCAACUACUGCCCUCAGCUGCCCUCAACUUCCUGCCCUCCUACUGCCCUCAACUGCACCUCAACUACUGCCUCAACUACUGCCCUCAAAUGCUGCCCUCAACUUCCUGCCGUCAACUACCCCUCAACUGCCCUCAACUACUGCCUCAACGACUGCCCUCAACUUCCUCACUACUGUCUCAACUUCCACUACCCUCAACUACUGCCCUCAACUACUACCCUCAACUACUGCCCUCAACUACUACCCUCAACUACUGCCCUCAACUGA